AUGAACCCCUUCGCCCACUCCCAAGACCAAUCCGCAGGCCAAGCGCAGGCCCCAGACCGCGCCGGAGCACCAUCCACACCCUCUCACACAGAAGAACAAAAGCGCCACUUCUACGAGAAUCUGCCCGCCUCGGAAAAGGAGAACAAGAGCUACGCGGAAUGGGUCAAGGAGGCAUACAACGAACAAUACGAGAAGUGGAUGCCAUGGCUCGAAGACCAGUAUCUGAAGUGGUUUGGAAAGGGCGAUAAUAAGGCUUCUUAUACUACUAAGGAUACCCUCUCUCAGACAAAAGUCACAGGAAGCGACAAGGUUGACCAGGUCCAAGAUGAUGCCAAUAAUCUGGUUGGCAACCAGCUCGGGGAUAAAGGUCUCCUUGCACCCGUUGGAAACCUCACGUCGAAGGAGGGUGUUAACCGCACUGAGAGAGGGGGGAAGGACGAAAGUGGAUCUUAUGCGGGUGCAUUAUCUGGUGUGACAGACCAGGUUGUUCAAGGUGGAAAGGGCGUCGCGUCAACCGUUCAGUCUGGAGCGCAGAAUGUUGGAAGUUCGAUUGGGAAUGUUUUGGGAGGUAGUAAGUAG